AUGGCGGCGGCGCCGGGGACGAGCUCCGGUGGGGCCGGAGGCGAGGGGGCCGGGCGCACCAAGGUGAACCAGGAGCUGUGGUACGCGUGCGCGGGGCCGCUCGUGACGCUGCCGCCGGCGGGGAGCCUCGUCGUCUACUUCCCCCAGGGACACAGCGAGCAGGUAGCAGCAUCUAUGCGAAAGGAUGCAGAUGCCAAAAUUCCGAGCUAUCCAAAUCUUCCAUCUAAGCUUAUAUGCAUACUCCGUAGUGUCACUAUGCUAGCUGAUCCUGACACAGAUGAGGUUUAUGCUCGAAUGACUCUCCAACCAGUUAGCAAUGUGAUGCAUUGUGACAAGGAGACGUUGCUGGCAACAGAGCUUGCACUGAAACAAACCAGACCACAGGCAGAGUUCUUUUGUAAAACACUGACUGCAAGUGAUACAAGCACUCAUGGAGGUUUCUCUGUGCCACGGCGUGCUGCAGAGCGAAUUUUCCCCCAUCUUGACUUCUCAAUGCAGCCUCCUGCUCAGGAACUGCAGGCCAGGGAUUUGCACGAUGCAAUUUGGACAUUCCGUCAUAUAUUUCGAGGCCAGCCUAAAAGGCAUUUGCUGACUACUGGCUGGAGCCUAUUUGUCAGUGGAAAGAGACUCCUUGCUGGCGACUCAGUCCUGUUUAUUAGGGACGGAAGACAGCAAUUCCUCUUGGGGAUAAGGCGGGCAAAUAGGCAGCCUGUUAACCUCUCAUCAUCUGUUUUGUCUAGUGACAGUAUGCAUAUUGGAAUUCUUGCUGCUGCAGCCCAUGCAGCAGCUAAUAACAGCCAAUUCACAGUAUUCUAUAAUCCAAGGGCUAGUCCUUCAGAAUUUGUUAUUCCUUUUGCCAAGUACCAGAAGGCUGUCUAUAGCAACCAACUAUCACUUGGCAUGCGGUUUAGAAUGAUGUUUGAAACUGAAGAAUCUGCAACAAGAAGGUACAUGGGAACAAUAACUGGUAUAAGUGAUAUGGAUCCUGUAAGGUGGAAAAACUCCCAAUGGCGCAAUAUUCAGGUUGCAUGGGAUGAAGCAGCACCAAGUGAGAGACGCACCAGGGUUUCCCUUUGGGAGGUUGAACCUGUUAUAGCUCCAUUCUUCAUUUAUCCCUCGCCAUUGUUCACUGCAAAACGUCCGAGACAACCUGGGAUAACAGAUGACGAUAGCUCAGAAAUGGACAAUCUUUUUAAGCGGACCAUGCCAUGGUUUGGUGAGGAGAUUGGCAAGAAAGAUCUGAGUACUCAAAACAGUUUAGUUCCUGGAUUAAGUUUAGUUCAGUGGAUGAACAUGCAACAGAACUCCUCUCUUGUCAACACAGUUAUGCAACCGGAAUUGCUAAAUUCGUUAGCUGGAAAACCUGUACAAACUCUGGCUGCAGCUGAUCUAUCUAGGCAAAUUAGCUUCCAGCCCCAGUUCCUGCAACAAAAUAACAUACAGUUCAACACUUCGCUGCUACCUCCCCAAAACCAGCAGACCGAACAGUUAGCAAACGUAAUAGCUACACCAAACCAAUUGGGAAGUGCUAUAGUACAACAAAAGGUAGUUCAAAAUUGCAGUUCUGAACAGAAACAGAAUCCGGUAACUCAACAAUUGCAAGUCAGCCAACCAAUGAUUAGUAUGGCACAGCCUCAACUUGUCCAUACUCAAGUCCAGCAACCUCAAGUCAUUCUCCAGGCUCAGCCUCAGCAUCCUCAAGUCAUUGUCCAAGCUCAACUACAGCAACAGCAACCUCUGGUUCAAAAUCACACCACCAUACAAGGUGGUCUUCAACAAAUCCAGCUUCUGCAGCAACAGCAUCCUCAUCUGCAGCAGCAGCAGGUUCAGCAGUCAGUGCAGGAACAACAGCAAAUAAAGAUACAGCCUUUUCAUCAGGUACCUAAUGACGCAAACAUGGUAACACAGUUAUCUGAUCAGAUGAAAAUACAACUAUUGAAGGCUCUACAACCACAGCAGCCUCUGGUCAUGGAACAGCAGAAAAUGAUAUUGGAUUUGCAGCAACAAGCAGUAAAUUCUCAUUCAACUGCUCGGCAGUGCUCGCAGGUAGCUACCCAAGUGGUAGGUUUGCAUAGCAGUAGCACUAUUCAGUACCCGACGCAGCAAAAGACUCAACCUCCCAAACCAAUUCAAGAGUUUCCUGGGAAUGCUGUUUCUAUUGUAAAAUCAGAAAUUGUCACCUCCAUGGGUGCUCGCUCUUUGCAUGUGCCUGGCGGAGUGCAGUCAAUGAAGACGGAUGAUGUUCCCUCUUCUUCAACAUCACCAUCCACAAACAAUAAUCCUGUUAUUUUGCGAUCCACUCCAAGUAGCUCCAAGAACCAAUGUUUACCUACUGCAGCAAAGGCUCCUCAAUCAUCUGUUGUAUUGGGUUCUACACUUGAACAGGGUAUGAAACCUUUUGAGAGUACACAGCACACAAUGGUGAUUCCCAAGAUGACUGAAGAAAGGCCAGCUACUGGACAAGACUACAUGAACAGCACUCAGAUGGAUUAUUUGGAUACGUCCUCUUCAGUGACUUCAGUUUGCCUUUCUCAGGCUGACGGAUCACUGCAACAAAAUUUUCCACCUUCAUCCUUCAAUCAGCAUCAACCGUUGAGAGAAACGGUUCCAGAUAGCGAGUUUGAGGUUACAGAUGCAGGAAAUAACUUUCUAUUUGGGGCAAACAUUGAUGGCCAUAUGGAGCCUCUUAACGAAGACUCUUUGCUUGGAACUACCUUUGAAACUGAGAAGUACAUGGAUCAGAUGCCAGGAAAUGGCAUCUCUAACUACAUUUCAUCAAAGGAUUCUCAACAAGAGUUAUCAUCUUCAAUGAUUUCACAUUCAUUUGGUGUUGCUGAUAUUGCAUUCAAUUCCAUAGAUUCAUCAAUCAAUGAUAUCCCAUUCUUAAAUAGAAAUUCCCGGGCUCCAGGUCCUGCUCAUCAACGGAUACGAACAUACACCAAGGUGCACAAGCGUGGUGCUGUUGGAAGAUCAAUUGACAUCAACAGAUAUUCUGGAUAUGAUGAACUGAAGCAUGAUAUUGCCCGUAUGUUUGGUAUUGAGGGGCAACUCAGUGACCAAAAUAGAGUUGGCUGGAAGCUAGUAUAUGAAGAUCACGAGAAGGAUGUUCUAUUAGUUGGUGAUGACCCAUGGGAGGACUUUGUGAACUGCGUGCGGUGCAUCAGGAUUCUUUCACCACAGGAAGAAAGGCAAAUGAGAUUGGCCAGUGACUAUGGAGAUAGCUUUCUUGGAAACCAAGCAUGCAGCAGUUCAGAUGGGGGUCACCCGUGGAGGGUCACCGGUGACUAG